AUGCGGAAUUGGAUGCGAAGCCGUACGGUUUCCAGAGCCUUCGCGGAACAUUGCGGUCGGAUGCCCUUUUCAUUUGAGCACAGACCGAAUUUUAGCACGCAUGCGAAUCACGCCGUAGGCACUUUGGCAAUUGAAAAUGCUGAACUUACUCUUCAUCUGAACAAUGGCCCCAAAGUAAACUCUGUUUCUUUGUCAGAAUCCACGGCGCCCUUUUUCAUGCCUAAGAAUGAGGAUUUUUCUAGCGUUUCUGAUGACACACGGCCUAACUUUCGAACUAUAUGGAUGGCUCUGCGGGAGAAAAAAAAGAUGACGCACUAG